GCCGCGGAGGAGUUACUGCUAUGGCGGCUCCUGCGAUUCCUCCGCCGGGAGGGCCCCCCGGGGUGCCCGGGGGGAAACCGGGCCAAGGCCCCACGGUCGUCGGGGGAGGUGCGAAGAGCGGGGAGGAGCGGCUGAAGGAGAUGGAGGCCGAGAUGGCGCUGUUUGAACAGGAGGUUCUGGGAGCUCCAGUGUCCUUACCUCCUGUGACUCCUGUGGUGGAGGCUGUCCCAGUCGCCCUGGCAGUGCCAGCCGUGCCUGCGGUGCCACCUGUCCCUGUCAUCCGUCCUAUCAUUGCCACCAACACUUACCAACAGGUCCAACAGAGUCUGGAAGCCCGAGCAGCAGCAGCUGCAACCGUGGUAGCUCCCAUUGUGGCUCCUCCAGUACCAUUUGUAGGCCCAGCUGUUCCCCCUCAACGGCCCCCAAUCCUCCGACCGACUUUUGUGCCUCAUGUCCUGCAAAGAUCUGGUGGUCCCCGGCCCCUGCCAAUGCGGCCUCCUCAUCACCAGCCCAUGGUGGGCCCCCCCAUGCCAGGUCCCCAGGGUCCACCGAUGCUGAUGGGUCCACCAAUGCAGAGAGCUCCUGGCCCACCUCUUGGAGGCAUAGGGCCCAUGAGACCUGGUCCGCCUGUUGGCCCAGGGAUUCCUGUCGGUCCUCUGGCUCCGCUGGUGCCUGUUCCUCGGCCUGUUGUGGCACCUCCCAAAGUGAACCCCACCGUUAUCCAGGCAGCUCCUACAGUGUAUUCUGCCCCGCCAGUGAAGAAGCAAGAGGAGGAGCAUAGAGAGCCCCCGCCUCCUGUGGUAGAGGAGAAAGAGCCAGCCGGGCUAGAGGAGCCUGUAAUUGGUCCCAGCAUGCCGGAAGUGGAGCCUGUUCCGCUGGUAGACCUGGGUCGGCUCCCUUCGCUACGUGCACAUGAUCCACCACCCGCACGAGGGAAGCGCCCCCGAGGGGCUGACUCUGGCUUCGUACCUGUUGAGCCUGUGGUGGAAAACACGCCAGAGGACAAGAAGAAAACCAAGCAGGAGAAGCUGAAGCGCUGCAUCCGCACGGCAGCCGGCACCUGCUGGGAGGACCCCAGCCUCCUUGAAUGGGACGCUGAUGAUUUCCGGAUCUUUUGCGGGGACCUGGGCAACGAGGUAAAUGACGACAUCCUGGCACGUGCCUUUAGCCGCUACCCGUCCUUCCUGAAGGCAAAAGUAAUCCGGGACAAGCGUACUGGCAAGACAAAAGGUUACGGCUUUGUCAGCUUCAAGGACCCCAACGAUUACGUCCGUGCCAUGCGGGAGAUGAAUGGAAAGUACGUUGGCAGCCGGCCCAUCAAGCUGCGCAAAAGCAUGUGGAAGGACCGCAACAUCGACGUGGUGCGCAAGAAACAGAAGGAGAAGAAAAAGUUGGGACUGAGGUAGCCUAAGGGAGGUGGAAGUUUACCCUCGAUCUGUAACGCAAGGAACCAGCAGGCAUCUCUGGGCUGUUGAGUCCUGCCCUCUGGUGGGCAGGAAGCCGAUCACAGGCGUGCUUUGCCGGUAGGAGAUCUUGAGUUCCCCACAGCUCCUCUGCUAGCCUGCUGAGUGCUGACCUCCUACAUAAGAUGUAUGUGCACAAACACGUCUUUGCAACACUUAUGGACUUAGUGUUUGAAUGGGCUCAGCGCUGAGACCACAGUCCUUUGUUUUGGGGGGAAACGCUGAGUGUAACAACUUGGCUAGGGGGGAGGAGGGAGAGUGUCUUAAGCCAAUAAACAUGUCUGUAUUUUUUCUUACUA